AUGAGGCCCUCCUAUAGUUGCCUGCUUCUCGAGGUCUGCCUCUUCCCACAGGUUCCUGUGGCCACAGAAAUGCUUAUGGAUCAUACACAGCUUCCUACCCUGUCCUUGUACCCCUUCCUCCAGGUGCGGUUCCCUUCCCACUUCAGCUCUGACUUGAAGGACCUGCUGCGGAACCUCCUGCAGGUAGAUCUCACCAAGCGCUUUGGGAACCUCAAGAAUGGGGUCAACGAUAUCAAGAACCACAAGUGGUUUGCCACAACUGACUGGAUCGCCAUCUACCAGAGGAAGGUGGAAGCUCCCUUCAUACCAAAGUUUAAAGGCCCUGGGGAUACGAGUAACUUUGACGACUAUGAGGAAGAAGAAAUCCGGGUCUCCAUCAAUGAGAAGUGUGGCAAGGAGUUUUCUGAGUUUUAGGGGUGUGCCUGUGCCCCCAUGGGUUUUCUUUUCUUUUUUUUUUUUGGUGGGGGGGUGGGAGGGUUGGAUUGAACAGCCAGAGGGCCCCAGAGUUCCUUGCAUCUAAUUUCACCCCCACCCCACCCUCCAGGGUUAGGGGGAGCAGGAAGCCCAGAUAAUCAGAGGGACAGAAAUACCAGCUGCUCCCCCUCAUCCCCUUUGCCCUUCUGCCCCCUCCCCCACUUUUCCCUUCCUCCUUCCCCACAGCCCCACAGCUCCCCAGCCCCUCAGCCCCACCCAGCCUACUUCUGCCUGUUUUAAACGAGUUUCUCAACUCCAGUCAGACCAGGUCUUGCUGGUGUAUCCAGGGACAGGGUGUGGAAAGAGGGGCUCACACUUAACUCCCCCACCCACACCCCCAUCCCACCCAACCACAGGCCCCACUUGCUAAGGGCAAAAGAACGAAGCGCCAACCUUCCUUUCGGAGUAAUCCUUACUGGGAAGGAGAGAUUUUUAGUGACAUGUUCAGUGGGCUGCUUGCUAGAAUUUUUUUUAAAAAACAAUUUAAAAUCUUAUUUAAGUUCCACCAGUGCCUCCCUCCUUCCUCUACUCUCACCCCUCCCAUGUCCCCCCAUUCCCCAAAUCCAUUUUAAAGAGAAGCAGACUGACUUUGGAAAGGGAGGCGCUGGGGUUUGAACCUCCCCGCUGCUAAUCUCCCCUGGGCCCCUCCCCGGGGAAUCCUCUCUGCCAAUCCUGCGAAGGUCUAGGCCCCUUUAGGAAGCCUCCGCUCUCUUCUUCCCCAACAGACCUGUCUUCACACUUGGGCUUUGAGAGCCAGACAAAGCAGCUGCCCCUCUCCCUGCCAAAGAGGAGUCAUCCCCCAAAAAGACAGAGGGGGAGCCCCAAGCCCAAGUCUUUCCUCCCAACAGCGUUUCCCCCAACUCCUUAGUUUUAUUCUCCGCUAGAUUUUAAUGUCCAGUCUUCCCUCAGCUGAGUGGGGAGGGCAUCCCUGCAAAAGGGAACAGAAGAGGCCAAGUCCCCCAACGCCAUGGCCCGAGGUUCAAGGCUAGAGCUGCUGGGGAGGGGCUGCCUGUUUUACUCACCCACCAGCUUCCGCCUCCCCCAUCCUGGGCGCCCCUCCUCCAGCUUAGCUGUCAGCUGUCCAUCACCUCUCCCCCACUGUCUCAUUUGUGCUUUUUUCUCUCGUAAUAGAAAAGUGGGGAGCCGCUGGGGAGCCACCCCAUUCAUCCCCAUAUUUCCCCCUCUCAUAACUUCUCUCCAUCCCAGGAGGAGUUCUCAGGCCUGGGGUGGGGCCCCGGGUGGGUGCGGGGGCGAUUCAACCUGUGUGCUGCGAAGGACGAGACUUCCUCUUGAACAGUGUGCUGUUGUAAACAUAUUUGAAAACUAUUACCAAUAAAGUUUUGUUUAAAAAAAAAAA